CACAUAAUCAAUCAGUCUCCCUUUCUCUAAACCAUAUACACAAUUUCCACAUCCUUGUCUUCUCAAUAUAUCACACUCAAAUCCCUCACACUGUUUACACAGCAUAACAAUGCCAACACCACCACCACCAACAGCACCGUUUACCUCUCAAGAAACCCCUACCCCUACAUCUCCUCCUUUAUUAUCUUCCUCUUAUCCAAUCACUCUCAAGUUCGUGGACGUGGGAUACAGGGUAAAGGUGGAGAAAAAGAAAGGAGGGAGCAACAUAAAGCGAAUGAUCUCGUCGGUGUCCGACGGGAGAUCCACGGCGGCGCAGGAGAAAAUCAUUCUGAACGGUGUCACGGGGAUAGUGUCUCCUGGAGAAAUCCUGGCGGUGCUGGGACCGUCGGGGAGCGGGAAAUCUACGCUCCUGAACGCGCUCGCAGGGAGACUUAUCCAAGGGCAGGGACUCACCGGAACGAUCCUCGCGAACGGAUGCAAACUCAGCAAACCGAUUCUCCGGCGAACCGGGUUCGUGACCCAGGACGACGUGCUCUAUCCUCAUCUCACGGUCCGUGAGACGCUGAUCUUCUGCGCGCUUCUCCGCCUGCCGAGAGCAUUCUCGAAAGCGGAGAAGAUAGCCGUCUGCGAUUCGGUGAUCGCAGAGCUGGGACUGGUGAAAUGCGAGAACACGAUCAUCGGAAAUGCGUAUAUACGAGGGGUUUCAGGAGGAGAGAGGAAGAGAGUGAGUAUAGGGCACGAGAUGUUGAUGAAUCCGAGCUUGUUGAUACUAGACGAGCCAACAUCGGGGUUGGACUCGACGGCGGCGCACAGGCUGGUGACGACGCUGGGGACGGUGGUGGCGCAGCAGAAGGGGAAGACGGUGGUGGCGUCGGUGCACCAGCCGUCGAGCAGAGUGUUUCAGAUGUUCGAUAAGAUCUUAGUGUUAUCGGAAGGACAGUGUGUGUAUUUCGGGAAAGGAAGUGAAGCCAUGAACUACUUCGAGUCCCUUGGGUUCAAGCCGUCUUUCGCCAUGAAUCCCGCCGACUUUCUGCUUGAUCUCGCUAACGGUGUUUGUCAAGGUGAUAGUACAGUGAGUGAAAGAGACAAGUCAAAUAUAAAGCAAACCCUAGUCAGCUCUUACAACGCAACUUUAGCUCCCAAAGUCAAAGACGCAAUAUUAAACUGUACCGACCCAUGCAUGAAACACUCUCCUCAAUCCCCUCAUCAUCGUCGUCUUCAUCCCCUGGAAACCACGACGACCAGAUCCAGAUAUCAAGCAAGAUACAGUAAGUUCAUGAACACCAUCUCCUUCUCUAACUGGUUCAACCAGUUCACCGUCCUCCUCCACAGAAGCCUCAAAGAGCGAAAGCACGAGUCCUUCAACCCUCUCCGAGUCUUCCAGGUCCUCGCCGCCUCCCUCCUCGCAGGCCUCAUGUGGUGGCACUCUGAUUACGGCGACGUCCAGGACCGCCUCGGCCUCCUCUUCUUCAUCUCUAUCUUCUGGGGCGUCUUCCCUUCCUUCAACUCCGUCUUCGCCUUCCCUCAAGACCACGCCAUCUUCAUCAAGGAGCGAGCCUCCGGCAUGUACACUCUCUCCCCUUACUUCACCGCCCGGAUCGUCGGUGACCUCCCAAUGGAGCUCCUCCUCCCCUUCAUCUUCCUCACCGUCACCUACUGGAUGAGCGGUCUCAGGCCAGACCUGUGGUCUUUUUUACUCACCGUACUAGUCGUUCUCUUCUACGUGCUCGUGUCUCAGGGACUUGGCCUUUUCCUCGGCGCCGCAAUGAUGGACGCCAAGCAGGCCUCCACGGUGGCCGCCGUGGUGAUGCUAGGGUUUGUGUUGAUCGGUGGGUAUUAUGUUCACAAGGUGCCUUCAUGCAUGGGGUGGCUCAAGUACGUAUCCAUAACUUUUUACUGUUACAGGCUUCUGAUUUAUAUUCAGUAUGGUAAUGGGAAGAGAAUCUCAGAAUUUCUGGGUUGCUUUAACAAUGGAGGAAUAGUGGGUGAUAGAGGACACUGUAAGUUUGUGGAACAAGACGUGGUGGGACAGAUAAACCCUUGGGUAAGCUUUGGGGCUCUGGUUAUGAUGUUUAUGGGGUAUAGAAUGUUGGCUUACCUUGCAUUGAGGAAGAUCAAGACUUGAAGAUAUAUAUAUAUAAGGGUCUUCUAACAUGCACACAGGUUGAUUAUGAUGAUGCAGAAAGAAAAAUAAGUAAUUAUUAUAAGUAAGAAAUGGAAGGAUCAGAUUUUGGGGCUUGACAGUUUAUUAAUUGAGACCAUGUAGGUUCAGAUUCUUACCAAUUGUAAGUGGAGAGAGAGGAAGAAAGUUGAAUCUUAUGAAGAAAAUUUGAUUGAUGUAUAAAUUAAUUUAAGUUUUAAAUUUAGUCCUUUUAAUGUUUAAGUUUGUACCCAAUAUUGAGGGAAGAAAUGAAGAAAUUUUUUCCCAGAAAAAAAUGUAAUCUGCAAUUUCCUCUGUAUCAAUAACCUUUAAUUUACUUAACUUUACUCCAA